AUGUCAUGCUGGAGAUCAUGCCAAGAUCAAAGUGUGGCAGCGUCGUGGAUAAAGUGUAACAUUGCUGACACGGUAAAAAGAAUUCUUUAUUUUGUAGCGAUGAAUAUGUUCGAUGCAUCACUAGAGUGUCACCUGACUGUUACGCCACGCAUAGAUCAUCCACCUGAUCAAUAUUUACCGAAUGAAUCAUUGUCUGCAAUCGAAUCGUAUUCUGUUCUAUUCGAUCGUGCAUCUCACAAUUUUUCAGCUAGUUCUGAAAUAUCCUUUUCCGAUGACACAAAGCAAGGAAUCGAUCGAUAUAAAUGUCCUCCAGCACGCUCGACAACAAUCCUGGCUGACAAUAACAACCGACAGAAUAAACAACUUCAUUUCGAUAUUUCGCAUCCACAACUGACAGAUGACGAAGAUGACGAAAAUUUACCUAACAGACUUGGUACUUUAAAUAUUCAACCAGAAUUGAAAAAGUAUUCAUGGAUUACUUCAACCUGUGUAAAAAAAUCAUACAGUCUAAAUCCUCGGAACAAUUCACCCAAGGAGGCUGAUGAAAAAAAUUCCGUCCCUCAGACAUUGACUUUGUCAAUAAACACACAAGAACCUAACAAUGAUGAGCGAACACCGGCACUUGAGCUAAAAGUGAAGAAUGCAAAAGUAAGUUCUCAAGUGAAGAAGGACUAA